AUGUCUUGGCCAUUUUCGACUUCGAAUAAAAUUGUGGUAGUGACAGGAGGAGGAUCAGGCAUUGGACUUUCUUAUGCUACCCUCGCUGUGGCUAAUGGAGCUAAAGCAGUGGUUAUUGGAGACAUAGCACUGACAGAUGAAGCCCAGAAGAUUGUGACCGAAACAACAAACCUAACAUUCCAACACUGUGAUGUCACUCAGUGGGCCGACUUACAGCGUUUGAUUGAUGUUUGCAUAACCAAAUUCGGUAACGUUCCAGAUAUUUACGUGGCAUCUGCGGGUGUUUUUGAGCCACCGUAUUCCAACUUCUGGGAAGAUCCUGAGCCACUUGAGAGCAAUGGUUACAAGCAUGUCGACAUUAAUGUCAACCACCCGAUAAAGUUUACGAGGCUCGCAAUAAGAGCGCUUCUUGGGAAACAGAAACACGGCGUCGUGGCUCUUGUUUCCUCCAUUGCUGGAUAUAGCAAGCAGUAUCCGGCUCCUAUCUAUAGCGCAACGAAACACGCCGUGGUUGGGUUUACUAGGAGUCUGGGCGAUGCACAGAGGUUCCAGGGCGUCAAGGUCAUCGGUGUCUGUCCAGGAAUUGUGAGUACUCCUAUUUGGACAACAAGCACACCAGGCUCUGGGGAAAGAUUUGGUAUUGGAGAAGAUAUUUCCAUCACGCCGGAAGUGGUUGCAAAGACAAUAAGCGAUGGAAUCGAGUCUCCUGAGUAUCCCGGUGGAACAAUCCUUGAGGUUUCUAAAUUAGGGACCAGGGUCGUGCCAGAGUGGUUUAUCCACCCACCGGGUAUGGUUGAUGGUAAAAUGCCAGAGGGAACUGAUGUUCCGGAACAUAUGAUUAUCAAGUCUCUAGAGCCCAUCAUGAACGUCACAAAGAGGGAGAGGGGCAAUAUGGCCUAA